AUGAAGGCACGUCACUCGCCGUGGAAGUUGAAAGCAGAGGCCUUUGGCAAUAGGGGCCUCCUUGGCAAUGGGAAGGCCGGACCGGAUACAGACUUCAGACAGCUUCGCCAGGAUCGGAUCCUGAGGUACCUGCGAAUUAGUCCUCUGUUCUGUCUCCGUCUCCGGUGGCUUCUACCUCGGGUUCAGAUCCUCAGAGCUCCCACCCUCAUCAGACAGUGA